AAGUAUAAAUCAUUUUUUUCGUCAACGUAAACAAAGCGCAAUAAAACAAAGAAUUUAAUAAACGUGAACAAAAUUUAGCUGGAAGUGUUGCCAAUGAGUAUCGAGUUUUAUUUACAUUCCCUCAACUCGACCCUACAGUCCUUCGCCCAACAAGUUGAACACCUUGCUGGCGUCGCUCUGCAAGCUGUCGUGUGUUUUAGAAGCGAAUUCGAUACGUUAACUGGCGACUGGCAGUGGCAGAGUCCCGUUGAGUUUACCGCAUUGCAGGCAACCUUGUUGCAAGUGUUGCUGGUGUUGCUUCUGGGAACGGGGGCACUCAUUGCCUGGUCGUGGGGCGUCUAUGGUCAAGUGAUCACCGAAAAGUUUGUAAGGCCAAGUACUUUGAAGGAAAUUGAAGAGCUUAAAUUAUCUGUGGCGAAAUUAAAGUUGCCCAAGGAGCAUUCACCCAGAAUCUAAACAUGUCCAAAAUCAAGCGAUUCUUUUC